AUGCCAGAGACUUGCAUCUACAACUGCUCUGCGCACCCCACAGAAAUCAGCGCCUAUGGCGAUAUUUCAGGUAUAGGAGUCACUACAGCGUUCUUCGCCACGGCAUGGAUGGUUGUCCUGUUGCUCAACGGCUACUACCUGGUAGCCUACAACCCCGAACUCGACCCCUUCCGGCAACCUGGCCACAACACGCCUUGCCAGCAUCCCAAUACUAGUGAUUAUGUAUUUCUGUAUGCUGUCCGCAAAUUGCCUGGCCUCCGGAGACUGCAGAACAUAAACUGGCUUCGGUACAGUCAGCUAGAGUCCACACUGAACAUGUGCGUCAUCAUGUUUUCAGAUAUCCAGACCUUCACUGGCUUGGCAGUUAUGAUCAGCGGGUAUAUUGCUUUAAGCUGUGGGCUGCAGAGUUACCACUGGCAGUUAACGGUCUACCUCGUGUGGCUGUCUUCCUUGACGCACCUGGCUGCUCUAUCGUUUCUCAGAAAUCACCUACACAACCACCCUCGCCAGCUCGUAUGGCGUGUUACUGCGAUGUUCAUAAUUAUGGUGCUUUUGGAGGUGGCCGUUGGUCUGGCCGGCCACUUCAACUGGAGUGAGGGCCCUAGCAAGGCCUCAGACUUUGCUGUCUGCUAUUUUCGUGAGAAGAUGGACACAACGUCAGUGGCAUUCGAAACCAUGCUAAAGACACUCAUUCUCCUUGUAUAUGGGUUCUUUAUCCGCCUCGCAAAAAUGUCAAAACGUUUCGAGGGGGGGCUUCGAGGGGUUGCGGCUCGACUGAGCGCCAAGGCGAUGAGAUUCCAGCACUGGGACGGCGAAAAUUACCUUCCGCGGAACUCUCAAAGCUCUUUAGCUGAAGGACUAAAAAUAGGACACCAAGCGGCUCAAUACUUCCUCAUUGCAUGCUUCAGUUUGCUGAGCAUCCAUCUUAAUCUAUUCACGUCCUUCCUCGCAGAGCCUCAUGGAUUUCACGGCGAUUUGUUAAAAUAA